UUAGUUAUUCAAGAAAAAUAUUAUCAAUCACCACAUAUCGAUAUUGCAAAUAGCCUUAACAGAAUCGGUUUUGCGUUAUACGGUCAGAAGAAAUACGAUGAAGCACUGGAAUUUUAUCAACGGUCAUUAUCUAUUCGGGAGAAACUGGAUCCAGUCGGUAACAUUGAUAUGGCGACUGUUCUAAACAAUAUCGCUCUUGCUUUAUAUCAGAAGGGCAACUACGAUAUCGCUUUGCCAUAUUAUCAAAGAACUUUAGCGCUUCGAGAGAAAUAUAGUGAAUGUUCCCAUGAUGAUAUCGCUGAUACACUCAAUCGUAUUGGUAAUACACUAUAUGGUCGACGAAGGUUUGACGAAGCACUCGAGUUUUAUCAAAGAGCUUUGUCUGUUUGGGAAAAACUAGAUCCACUUGGUAAUAUUGAUUCGGCGACUGUUCUUGGCAAUAUUGGUCUUACUAUGUAUGAAAAAUAUGAUUAUGAUUCAGCACGUUUAUAUUAUCAGAGAGCUUUAGUCAUUCAAGAAAAAUGUUAUCAAUCACCACAUAUCGAUAUUGCAAAUAACUUUAACAGAAUCGGUCUUACGUUAUAUGCUCAGAAGAAUUACGAUGAAGCACUGGAAUUUUAUCAACGGUCAUUAUCUAUUCGAGAGUAA